GGUUAGUGGUGCGACGUUCAGUGGCAAGCCAGGCGGAAAGUAGGUCAGGGACGGGGGUGCCUGCGCUGCUCAUAGCCCUCACCGCGUCGCCGAGGGGCACCGACCCCCUCCCCCCAUACGGAACAUAGGAUUUGCAUAUGAGAUCGGUCCAGCGAGUCCAGUGUCUUAGGUGCCAUGGGGAGUUCCAAAUGCUUCAGAGGAAGGUGCAAACAUUCUCUUAAGGGCAAUUAUAGAUAAACUGCCCAUAGAACAGUGGUGUCAAACACCCAGUGUGCAGAGGAUCCAGCUAUCUUAAGGUUUUUUAAAUAACUUGACUAACGAAUUGCAGAGCAUGAAAGAAGUUUUAAGGUGAUUGCUGAGCAGAACCGGCUAGCAGAUUGAGUGCAGACCUUUUCUUCUAGGUUGGAGCUAGGCUUCCAGAAAGUAAGUUUUAAGACGAUCCAAUGGCUGACCAAAGGAUGGAUAUCUCUUCUACAAUUAGUGAUUUUAUGUCACCAGGACCCACCAACCUAAUCUCCAGUUCCCUUAGCACUUCAGGAAUGGAUUGCAAUAGGAAAAGGAAAGGAAGUUCUACUGAUUAUCAACUUGAUGGAUUUUCCUUUGAAGAAGGCAUGGAUACAGAUAAAGAAGACCAACACGGAAGGUUGGAAUAUACAGACCAACAAGGCAGAAUAAAAAAUGCAAGAGAGGCUCAUAGCCAGAUUGAAAAAAGACGUCGAGAUAAAAUGAACAGUUUUAUUGAUGAAUUGGCAUCUUUGGUACCAACGUGCAAUGCUAUGUCCCGAAAGCUAGAUAAACUUACUGUACUGAGAAUGGCUGUUCAGCAUAUGAAAACAUUACGAGGUGCCACAAACCCAUAUACAGAAGCAAACUACAAACCUGCUUUUCUCUCAGAUGAUGAAUUAAAACAUCUUAUUCUCAGGGCAGCAGAUGGAUUUCUGUUUGUUGUGGGCUGUGAUAGAGGGAAGAUACUGUUUGUUUCAGAAUCUGUCUUCAAGAUCCUCAACUACAGUCAGAAUGAUCUGAUUGGUCAGAGUUUGUUUGACUACCUUCAUCCUAAGGAUAUUGCAAAAGUUAAAGAGCAGCUCUCUUCUUCUGAUACUGCACCAAGAGAAAGGCUCAUAGAUGCAAAAACUGGACUUCCAGUUAAAACAGAUAUAACACCUGGGCCAUCACGACUUUGUUCUGGAGCAAGACGUUCCUUCUUUUGUAGGAUGAAAUGCAACAGACCUUCAGUGAAAGUAGAAGACAAGGAUUUUCCUUCCACCUGCUCAAAGAAGAAAGCAGACCGCAAAAGCUUUUGUACGAUUCAUAGCACAGGAUAUUUAAAAAGCUGGCCACCAACAAAAAUGGGUCUAGAUGAAGAUAAUGAGCCAGAUAAUGAAGGCUGUAACUUAAGCUGUCUUGUUGCAAUUGGACGGUUACAUCCUCAUGUAGUUCCUCAACCAGUCAAUGGCGAGAUCCGGGUUAAACCUACAGAAUAUGUGUCUCGACAUGCAAUAGAUGGGAAGUUUGUUUUUGUAGAUCAGAGGGCAACGGCCAUUCUGGCAUACUUACCACAGGAACUUCUAGGCACUUCAUGUUAUGAAUAUUUUCAUCAAGAUGAUAUAGGACAUCUUGCAGAAUGUCACAGACAAGUUUUACAGACAAGAGAAAAAAUUACAACUAAUUGUUACAAGUUUAAAAUAAAAGAUGGCUCUUUUAUUACCUUGAGGAGUCGCUGGUUCAGUUUCAUGAACCCUUGGACCAAAGAAGUAGAAUACAUCGUCUCAACAAAUACAGUUGUUUCCACCAGUGUACUUGACGGUGGAGAUGCAGCCUUUCCGCAGCUUGCAGCUUCUCCGCACAGCAUGGACAGCGUACUUCAGGCUGGAGAAGGUGGCCCAAAAAGGACCCAUCCUACAGUUCCUGGUAUUCCAGGUGGAACAAGAGCUGGGGCAGGUAAAAUAGGUAGAAUGAUUGCUGAGGAAAUCAUGGAGAUUCAUAGGAUAAGAGGGUCAUCACCUUCCAGCUGUGGUUCCAGUCCAUUGAACAUUACCAGCACACCACCCCCUGAUACAUCUUCUCCAGGAGGCAAAAAGAUUUUGAAUGGUGGAACUCCAGACAUUCCUUCUGCUGGUUUACUAUCUGGGCAGAUCCAGGAUAAUUCUGGCUAUCCAUAUUCCGACAACUCCUCCAUUCUUGGGGAGAACUCUCACAUAGGCAUAGAUAUGAUAGACAACGACCAAGGAUCAAGCAGCCCCAGCAAUGACGAAGCUGCAAUGGCAGUUAUAAUGAGCCUUUUGGAAGCAGAUGCAGGCCUCGGAGGCCCUGUGGAUUUUAGCGACUUACCGUGGCCCUUGUAAAUGCUACAUAUUAAUUCAGCAUCUGAAUAUCAAAGUGCAUUAUUGGUGGAGUUCUACAGUCUGUGAAGCUUGGAUUAUGAGAACAGCUUUUAUGUAUGAAUUUCAUAAAAGCCAUAUCAGAACACACAACUCAUCCUACCAUGUGUCAUUUCAGACAAAGUGGAGAUAAACAUGCUACAAUGUUCUUGCAUUAUGGAUUUGGUUAGCUGUGUAUAGCUUGCAUUAAUUGUAUAUUUUAGGAUUCUGUUCUUUUUGAAUUUUUUUUUAAUCACUGUGCAACUCAGCACUGUUCUCAUUGGUAGCUUUUAUAUGCAAACGGUCGUUUCAGAUGUAUGAUGUGUUUUUACACUACAAAAAGGUCCCCCAUGUGGAUAUUUCUUAUACUAAUUGUAUCAAAGCUGUUUAUUCUCUCGUCAGAAUCCUUUACUAUAAAUAUUGUUAAAGUGUAAUGUAUUAGACAGUUAAAUAUUUUUAAAAUAAAUACGUUUCCCUUGUUCUAAAA